AUGUACACCGACUCGCUGCCGGCGACGGUGAGGAACGCGAGGGAAGAGGCCGCCGUGAUAGCCCAGGAUCUGAUCGUGGCGGCUGACCGGUACAAUCUCAAGGACCUGAAGCCGGUCACUGAGAACAAGCUGUGCAAGCACAGCUUCAGCGCAAGCACGGUGCUGCCGAUGCUGCUGGUAGCCGAGCACCACCAGUGCUGGAAGCUCAAGGACAAGUGCCUGGUGUUCAUCGCUGCUGGGAGGAACACGAGAGCGAUCAUGGCGACGGAUGACGUCGAGCAUCUGGCGAGGCGUUGCCCCUCUGUUGUCAAGGAAGUGCUCACCAAGAUUCUGGACUCAAGGGAGGCGACGCCAAGCAACCCUCUGAUGCGGCCUGAUUUAAUCGUCCCCGCCGGCAAGGCUCGUCUCCUGAAUCCUGAUGCAAUGCCAUUGCUAGCCAUCAGCACUAGACGUCUGCUUUAG